AUGUUUAACGCCCUGAGCGGAAUGGGCGGUGGUGGAAAAUCCGACCCCAGCUUGGCGGACAAAAUGAACAUCGCUCUGAACAGUACCUUCGCGGUGGUGGGUUUCUUCGCCGGAACUGUCGUCAACCGUGUGGGCGUUCGGAUUUCCCUCUCCUUUGGUGGAAUCGGGUACUGCAUUUACUCCAUUAGUCUUCUCGUCUCCGAACAUGCAUAUGUCCCCGGGUUCAACAUCUUCGCCGGUGCCUUCCUCGGUGUCUGCGCCGGUCUGCUCUGGGCCGCUCAGGGUACCAUCAUGAUGUCCUACCCGAUCGAGCAGCAGAAGGGUCGCUACUUCGCCUGGUUCUGGGGUAUCUUCAACGUCGGCGCCUGUAUUGGUAGUUUGAUCCCCCUGGGCCAAAACAUCCAUGUCACAGAGAAUAAGACCGUCGGCGACGGGACCUACAUCGCCUUUAUCGUACUCAUGUUCGCAGGCGCCUGUCUGGCCCUGUGUCUCUGCGAUGCAGACAAAGUCGUCCGUCGCGAUGGCUCACGCGUCAUCCUGAUGAAGCACCCCUCGUGGAAGUCCGAGAUCAUCGGGUUGUGGGAUACAGUUCGCUCGGAACCGUGGAUCGUCCUCCUCUUCCCCAUGUUCUGGUCCUCCAACUGGUUCUACACAUAUCAGCAGAACGCCAUUAACGGUGCUUACUUCAACACGCGCACUAAGGCGCUGAACGGCUUCCUGUACUGGUUUGCGCAGAUCGUGGCCGCUAUCAUCAUGGGUCCGCUGCUUGAUACGGAGCGCGUUCGUCGUUCCGUGCGUGCCAAGGCAGCCUUGGUUAGCCUUUUCAUCCUCACGGUCGUGAUUUGGGGCGGUGGCUACGCUUGGCAGGCAAGGUACACCCGUGCAGAUGUGGAUCCCAAGACCACGGGUUUCAUGGGCUGGGAUUGGACUACCAAGGGCUACGUUGGUCCUAUGUUCCUCUACUUCUUCUACGGCAUGUACGAUGCUGCCUGGCAGGGUACUGUCUACUGGAUCAUGGGCGCCCUCGGUAACUCCGGUCGCAAGCUCGCCAACUUGGCGGGCUUCUACAAGGGGUUGCAAUCCGCCGGCGCAGCCGUUAUGUGGUCGUUGGAUGAAAAGAAGAUACCCUUCAUGAACGAGUACGCCUCGAACUUCGGGUUGCUGUGCGGCUCGAUCCUGAUCGCUGUUCCGGUCGUCUUUUUCAAGAUUAAGGACUCUGUUCCUGUGGAGGAGGAACUUCAGGGCACGGGCGAGACGCUUGAGGAUGUGCUGCCACCUGGCGCUAUUGAGCCCAAGCGUGUUGGUGAUGACAACAUCUAA